AGACCCUGAUGGACACGAAGUGGGUGACCUCUGAGUUGGCAUGGACAACUCAUCCGGAGACAGGGUGGGAAGAAGUCAGUGGUUACGACGAGGCCAUGAACCCCAUCCGCACGUACCAGGUAUGCAACGUGCGGGAGGCCAACCAGAACAACUGGCUUCGCACCAAGUUCAUCCAGCGCCAGGACGUCCAGCGCGUCUACGUGGAGCUGAAGUUCACCGUGAGGGACUGCAACAGCAUCCCCAACAUCCCUGGCUCCUGCAAAGAGACCUUCAACCUCUUCUAUUAUGAGUCGGAUACGGAUUCUGCCUCUGCAAACAGCCCUUUCUGGAUGGAGAACCCUUAUAUCAAAGUGGAUACAAUUGCCCCAGAUGAGAGCUUCUCCAAGUUGGAGUCUGGCCGUGUGAACACCAAGGUGCGCAGCUUUGGCCCUCUCUCCAAGAAUGGCUUUUACCUGGCCUUCCAGGACCUGGGAGCUUGCAUGUCCCUCAUCUCUGUCCGGGCUUUCUAUAAGAAAUGCUCCAAUACCAUCGCUGGCUUUGCUAUCUUCCCGGAGACUUUAACGGGGGCCGAGCCCACUUCUCUGGUCAUAGCGCCGGGCACCUGCAUCCCCAACGCGGUGGAGGUGUCUGUACCCCUGAAGCUGUACUGCAACGGCGACGGCGAGUGGAUGGUACCCGUGGGAGCGUGUACGUGUGCUGCUGGAUAUGAGCCGACCAUGAAGGAUACCCAGUGCCAAGGUAUGCCCGUGGUGGAGUGA